AUGCAUGUCACCGCGCCUUCGACAACGGGCAUCACAACGCCUGGUGAUGCCCCUCAACAAGUAUCAACAAAAGAUCAAGAUGCAUCAAGUCAGAAGACGGCGGUUGAGCAGCCAUCUCCAGGUCCCAAAGACACUGUUGAGACAUGUGGCUACCCUCCCAUCGAGGAUCCUGUUGAUCCUGCUCGCAUUCUUACGCCCAGGGAUCUGCGGAACCAGAGAAUUAUCUUUCUCGGCAUCAUCAUCUUGAUCAACAUCUGCAUGACCGUCACGGCCUUUUUUGGAAAGAAGAGCAAGCUCAUCUUUGUCACCAUUCUUUUCAUCAAAAGCAAGGAUUUCUUGUCGGCCAUUCUUUCACCACUUGGCAUGAUGGUCAUUGCCAUCUACCACAAGUUUCGGCCACCCAAGGAAGUCGAGCAGCUUUGGAUACUUUCUUUGAUCCCUGCAUAUUCAGAGAGCGAGGAGCAAAUCGUCAAGACCAUCUACUCUCUUCGGGACAAUGGUGUCGAACCGCACCGUCAGGUCAUGGUUGUCAUCCUUGACGGCAACCCUCGAGAUGUGCAAUCACACAUGACUCGGGUGGUCAGUGAAUUUGAGCGGCCUUAUGUGUCUCUCAAGUGGAAGAAGGGCUGUCUCCGUGUCCUCGCCGGGUUCAUGAUGGACGUGCCUGUCAUUGUCAUCGAAAAGGUCAAGAAUGCAGGCAAGAAGGAUUCUCUCAUUCUCUGCCACGACCUCUUCAACUAUGCACGGGACAAUUCUCCUCUUUAUACCAAGCUUCUAAGGAAGGAGAUCUGGGAAGAUGUCCUCCCUGCUCUCACGGAGGGCGAGAAAUUCAACGGCUUUGAUAUGGUCUUUUGCACCGACGCAGACUCCACCAUCUACAAGGGAGCAGUCGCCCUUCUUGCAAAUGCGAUCGCCAGAGACGAGAAUGCUAUUGCUGCGUGUGGAUUGGUUCUUGUUGAACUUGAACCGGGGUAUGAAUGGUCUUUUUGGAAUUUAUAUCAACAGUUUCAGUACACGUUCGGUCAAUAUGUGAGAAGACGAGCAGAAGGCAUCGUUGGCAAGGUAACCUGCCUUCCAGGAUGCAUCACCAUGAUUGCAGUCAGGGAAGAGAUGGCCGGUGCUAUUCGAAAAUAUGCCGAACCCGUUACUGGAUAUAUGGUGAUUUCUCAUCAAGUCCAAUACCUUGGUACUGACAGAAGGCUCACGUACUCUAUGCUAUCCCAAGGGAAACAUCUGCGGACACUCUUCGUACCCGACGCUGUUAGUGAGACAGUGGCACCUCAAUCCAUCACGCAUUAUCUGAGUCAAAGACGUCGCUGGGGCUCCAAUGCCUACUUCAACAACUACUUCUACCUUGCCGGAGAGAAGAUGAUUCCCCUGACUCGCAUCGCCGCCACGAUCGAAGUCGUGCGACUCAGCAUGGUCUACUACCGGGUCUUGAACACAAUUCUGUUCAUCAGGAGCCUGACCCAUCAUGCUAGCAUCAUGAAGCUUAUGCCGAUGUUGAUCAUUGGCCAAGUACCCUCUGUCUGGUUCUUUUGCUCAAUUCUUCUGGAAUCCGAGCUAAGAAAACGUGGGCACAAACUGAUACUGGGGUACUGCAUCAACAAAAUGAUAUCGCCGUUCAUGAGCGUCAUCAUCUUCACAAAGGUUGCUACCAAUCUUGGCAGUCAAGUAUGGGGCAUAUCCGGAGUGACAGCGUCAUCAGCGCCUCCCGCAGGUGCUCCCGCCACGACAGAAACAGAGACUGUGACGGCGCCCGCCACAAAUGAUGAGCUAUCCGCUGCUGAGAGAGGAGAAAUCACUCCUCCAAAGCCAGUCUAUGCAGGGCCGGGCCAGAGGAGGGACCGUGCUCCUAGCCGUGCUCCCAGCACUGAAGGGUAUGAUAUCGAAUAA